CCGUUUCCAUGGCGACACAGAUUCUUCAGUUAGCGGUUGGUUUAUGAACAGUUGUUGUCCUCCUGCUCAUUGUUUGCUAGUUACUCACCGCACCAGAGGAACAAACCAUCAGGAUGGACGUUGCAGAGGAAAAUAAGACAUCAGAGGAGAUGCUUGAGAAAAUAGCUGAGCUGGAAUACAGUCAGAACAUGCUGAGGGACCUGAACGCUCAGAUGAGACACUGGCUGGAAGUUGCAGAUGAGGAAUUGGCAAUGCUACGCUCAGAGAAUGCCACACUCAAAAAACAACUGAAAGAUCUUGAGAAGUUCGUCAAUGAAGCACAGCAGGUUGAAGCAGAACCUAUCAGUACCCUGCUGGCCGAUGAGCUCGAUGCAAAGAGAAGCAUUGAAAAAAAGAUUGAGAAAUUGGAGAAGGAAUCCACCGUGUUAAAGGAACAAAAUAAGAAACUAUCUGCAGAGCUCAAGAGCAGCCAGCAGGAGGAUGAACAGGACAAGAUCACCUUAAGCAAGUUAAGGGCCACACAGCAAACCCUCAAGCAUGAAAUAGAAGAGGAUCAGAUAGAGCUGCAGCAUAGGGAUGAUGUUAUUCAUAAGCUAACCCUGCAGAUAAAGCACAUGAAGGAAACAGAAGACGAGUAUUUGAACAUAACACAGGAUCUCAGGCUGACAAAUCAGAAGCUGAGGAAUCAGUUGGAGGACAGACAGGAUCAGGCAUCAUUUGCUAAUCUAAAUGACCUGAUGGAAGAAAGGGAAGGAUCGCCCAGUCCACCUUUGUCCUUCGCAGAGGAAAUUAAGCUGCUGGCCUCUUUAACUGAAGUGAAAUCCAGCAACUCCACAGAUCUUAAAAAUGAGGAUACCGAGGCCAAGGAGCUGCUGAAAUCUCAGAGUCUCGCAGUAAAGCUUCACACUGAAAGGUGUCAAGGUGUCCUGGGGACAGUGGUCAAGUUAGCAGGACUAUUUGCGCUGUUUGUCUUCCUUGUCUUUGUUUUGGGCACUGUGGCUUUAGCAAACUGUGAAGACAUGUUUGACAACUCAUGGAGAGGUCUAUCCAUGGCAUUAUGGCCCUACUGCAACCUGCAUUACGUGGCCUUACCUCCUUUUUGAUCUAAACCUCCUAUAAACAUGUUACAAGUUUGAAAACUAUUAAAGCUCCUUUUUCAUUGAAGAUAUUCUUACAUUGUAACAGUACAAGCACAGGUUCAAAAUAAUAAAUUUCAUGAUGAAUAAA